AGCUGGUAAUGGUAAUUUUCCAAAACCAAGAGGCGGAGGUGACGUCACGGCAGCGACUCCACCUGGAAGUGUGAUGUGGCUGAGUGGAUCUGUAGAACCAUGUCUGCCAUUUUUAACUUCCAGAGCCUAUUAACAGUGAUUCUACUGCUGAUUUGCACAUGUGCUUAUCUCCGAGCUAUGAUGCCCAAUCUUCUGGACAAAAAUAAAACUGGAGUACUUGGAAUAUUUUGGAAGUGUGCACGGAUUGGUGAACGGAAAAGUCCUUACGUUGCUGUAUGUUGUGUGGUGAUGGCGUUCAGUAUCCUCUUUAUGCAAUGAACUCCCAGGGACUUAAGAUGCUCAUUUUUGUUGUGGAAUACAUUUUUCGCCUUCGAUAAUGUGCGUGUAUAGAAAAUCGGGACCAACCGGUCUUGCAGAGAAAAGUCUCCAGAUGUUGACAGUUGGAAGACAACUAAGAAGA